CUUUCGUUGGCCGUGCGACUCGACAACGCCCGUACAAAGCUGAGAAAUCAGAUGGUUUUAUUACCGCUACUCCAGACUACCGCAACUAUACGCAUUGGAACUAACAACUCAAACGACCGGUAGCCAGGCAGCAGUUUAACAAGAUGACAAGAUGGAGAAAAGCGGGCAGGUUCGGACGCCAUGUGGCUACGUCUCUCCAGCUUCUCCAUCUUCUCCAUGCCAACUCGAUGGGACGGGCUAGUCCGGAAAUCUGCCACGCCAAUUCUCCCUUUACCGGUUGGCGGGCAUGCCGAAUUCUGAACAGCCAAGAAAGCGCACAUGUAAAACAACCUCUGCCACCACUAGUCGUUGAACCGCCUCAUCCUCCAAGCCAAGCUAGCAGAUGAAUUGCUUGUCGUAGCCUCGUCUGCUGAGCUUAUGGAGUGCUCCAUGCUCUCUUGCGGCGAUCGGCAAUCUGGAAGGAUUUGGCAUUCGGGUGCUUAAGUAAUCGAAACCGGCGCCGGUUACCCACUUUGCUACUCAUGUAUGUACAAGUAUGCAAAGAUGUUACUCAAUCAUCUGAUCUCGGAGCCGCGUCUCAGCAUGGUAGAGAAGUCGUGCCAUGGAGAUGCUUGUUGCAGAAAAAGCUGAUCCUGGAAUCGUUCCAGUGACUGAAUCGCACCCGCCGCAUCCACCCUCCCCGCGGGAUCCAAGUCUUCUGGGGACAGA